CCUUGCAAAUGAGACUUUGAACCCUCUAACUUCUGCUUCCACCUUCUUUUGACUCCAUAUUUCAGGAGCAAUCACUACCGCAGCUCCUCGCAAACCGCUUCAAGGCAACUUCGUCAGGUCGAAGAAGGGCUGUGCCACCGACAACCAACCCCUCUUUUUUCUCGCGCCGCCUGAUUUGCAUCCAAUCAUCCCCAAGUUCUGGGCAGCCAGAGCCAGAACAGCAAUGGGAACAUCCAAGACUUCCGGAAAAUCCUCCAAGAGCAGCAGCCCAAAGUCCGACGGAAAGACAGUGAAGGAAACAAGGCAGAAAUUCCAGCGUCUCAGUGUCAUCGUCUUCAGCGGAGACCCGUUGGACCUCCCGGAAACCAGACACACCGGGUUGUAUAUCGAACACCUGAACGAGGACGGAUCAAUCAUUGGGCGGAACUUCCUUCAUGUAACGGGAUCAGCCGGGAUCUUUCAGCGGGAGGAGAGCAUCGAACGCAACCCUACCGGCAGCGAGCUGUUUACGGGCAGUGUGCAUGUCGCAACCAUCGUCGCAACCGGUUCGUCCGACAGGCGCCUGCGAAAUGCCAUUUGGGCCACGCCUGUUAACAACGCUGAAUACGACUGGAACUGUCAGAGCUGGGUCGGUGACGCGUUGACCAGUUGCGUCAAUGCUGGGCUUAUCUCGACCGAACAAAGGGACAUGGCGAUUGACGGAAUGGCCGAGCUCAUCCUGCAGGCCACUGAUAUGGCCUAGUUUUGAAAGGAGCACGGGCACAUGUUUGUCAUCUGGAGUUGGGGAUUAGGAGUUGGACGUCUCUUCGCGAAAGGUUGGACCGUGGACAUGCAGAUAUUUGGAAUUAGA